CGAAUAAAGUUGUUGGCGUUGCCAAACAAAGCGUCUGUCUUUUAUCUAGUGAAAACCUCCCGCAUCCGUCGCCGCCGUACACUCGACACGAAUAACGGUUGCCAAAUCUCUUCCAUCCUAUUCGCCGAGCGACUAUAUUCGACUGAUAUUGAAGAUAGCUCAAAAAUGGAGAACACUGGGAGCAUUAAGCAAGAAGCACCGUCUCUUCCUCCGGGGAUCUUCGAGAUACCGGGGGAGCCUGCGGUUGUUAUCAAUGGUGUGCCUGAUGAACCGCAAACAGAUUGUAUGAUUGCCAAAGAUGAACCAAUAUCAAGUGGCACUGUAGGAAGCGGCGAAUGGCUUGUGGGUAGAGAAGUUCGGAAGUUUUUUUUGGGUCACUACUAUUCUGGUAUGGUGACAAAGUUCGAUAAACAAUCGGGAUGGUACAGAGUUGAAUAUGAAGAUGGGGAUUCUGAAGAUCUUGACUGGUCUGAGCUAGAAGAGGUGCUUCUUCCUUUGGAUACCAAGAACUCCAACACAAAAGGGUCGGCUUAUGCGCAGAGUCAAUAUGGUGAAGCAGGACAGAAAGUGAAGGCACCGUAUCCAGGAUAUAAACCGGAGAAGCUAACCUCAACAACAGUGAAGGCACCGUAUCCAGGACAUAAACCGGAGAAGCUAACCCCAGUGGUUGACGACAUAUUGACGGUGGGGCCUGAAAUUAGCUCAGAGGAAGUUGGGAGAGCCCAAGGAAUUUUUGCAGCGACCGACCAGAAUAAGUUUAGUCUGCUUAUGGCUUUCAACUUGGUUUUCACCAAGGGUGAAUUUUCGGGCAGCACGGGGUCGAUGUAUGGCCGGAAUCCGAUAAUGUCAAAGGUGAGAGAGAUGCCGAUCAUCGGAGGUACGGGAGCUUUUAGGUUUGGUAGAGGAUAUGCGCAGGCCAAGACUUUUACGUUCAAUACUACCAGUGGAAAUGCUGUGGUCGAGUAUAAUGUCUAUAUCUGGCAUUAAUUAUUAUUGACUCCCUAGUGCUUUUCCAUUUUUACGUGACAAAAGGAACGUUUUGGUUGAAUACAAAAAUAAAUGAAUGGUUAGUGGAAUAAAUGGUUUUUUUGCUGUUGAAUUGAUAUUGUGAUUUUGAUGUAUUUUAUUGUAAGAAACUGUGGUAAAAAGUUGUAUUUUAUGUGGCGAAUUGUUGUGAAGUUAUAAUCUAUUGUGUUUCAAAA